UAGUCGUCGGCGGUCAUAAUGUUAACGAAUGAGAAUAAACCAAAUGAAUCGUAAAUCGUAAUAAAAUAAUGUAGUUUAUUGAAAAAUUUGUUUUUUCCGCCCUUAUAGGCAAAGCUCAGGGAAUUUUAAGCCCGCAUGGCGACUACUGUCAGCAGCGGCCAUUUUGCUGCCUUCACAUCUGACAUGUCUUUCUAAUGUUAUUAUCGAUGCAUACUGGGUUUUGUGCUUAUGCCUCUAUAAUUCUUAUUAAAAAUUGUGCAUUCGGACUAAGUAUCGAGUGUUUUUGAUCAUUUCAUACGGCGGAAGCGAGGCCCGAUGAAAUCUGUUUGACUCACGACCUUGGCGAAGCGUACAGGUGUAGGAAACUCAAGACAAGGAACGAAGAUGUUGCAUGGAUCGGCGUGGAUAGCCAAUGCUGAUAACGUGUUCGUUGUGCAUACAAAAGGCACUACACAUACGGCGUAAUCCAAGUCUUAUCCCGAGGAGUGCGGGUGAAUUUUUUGAUCAUUUGGGGAUGCAGGUGGAACGGAGGAAAGCAGACGAAGCAUUCGGCGAAGUUACCUCGCCUCCUGUGCUCAAUCAUGGACAAUAAGUUGAAGUUUUCAGACCGGCUGAAGGCUCUGCUCAAAACUGAGGCUCGCCAAGAAGUCGAUCCCUACGUAUUUAACGAGCCAGAGCCCCUCGCCGCUAUAAACAGUAGGAAUGUCAAAAACCAAUCUUCCAAGAAUUCCAAGCCCAGUCUAAACCAUAAAAUAGUUAAGAACCACAGGGCCAAAGGCAAAUGUACAAAACAGAGGGUCAAACCUGAGUCCGGAUCGGUGGCUGUCUCAAGAAUAGAGAACAGAGACAAAGAAUCCGAGGUCGACGUCGAGGGAACAGAACAGGGUCUCGAGCUCAGGUUUUCGAAUUCUAUCCAUAGGAAGCAAAGACACCUUGAAAACCUGCUUAGGUUGAAGCCGAAAAGACACAGACGAGACCACAUGCUUCUUUACUAUCCUAGAGCUGGAGACGAGAUGUCAGACAGCGACUCGAGCGGGGAUGAAACUGCAGUAUAUCAGCGGCACUGGUUCUCGGUCGAAAAUACAAGCGGCGUGAACAGAUCUGCCCGAUUAUCGCAGCUACGGUCUCAGCUCAGACGACGACUGGCUCAGCUACAGAAGAGUAGACCCGAAUCCGAAAGCCAGUUGCAAGAGAAGGCGCAGUGUUUGCUGGAGGCUGCUUGGAGAGAUCCUGAAGCAACAGCCCGAGCCUUGUAUGAUUCACCGGGGAGCAGUAAAGCGGUCGAUAGUCCUCUUCUGGUCGGCACUUUGUGCGGCGUUGAAGGCUGCUGCCAGAUAUCAUUGCCGUGCACGCGCCACUGUUCGCGUCACAUAAUGAUCAAUGGGGAUCAACUUCUGUUCGAGCAUUGCACGGCAAAGUUUAGCGACAACACGCAGUGCUGUAUACCGGUAUUUGACGUAGCACACGAACUACCCCUUUGCCCUGAACACGCGAGAAAGAGGGACAAUUAUCACCGCAAAGCUCAAGAAUCGAAACCCAAAAAAGCAAGGAAAAAACCCACAUCUCCAACUAUAUCGAGACCGAAGCCUAAAGCCAGACCUAAGAAACGAAAGAGACCGUCAUGUAGUAGAUCCGAGACUAAAAAUUGCGGCGUUAUUCAAGAUCAGAAUCAUUUCGUGAACCAGAUCGGUACCAGCGAUAAUCACACAAAGACUUUGAACAAUUUAAAUGCCCCUCAAGGUACUUCGCACUCUUCGGGCCUCAAUUUGGGCCUUGGUCUUGGAUCCCUUGGUCUUGGGACAGCGCUCAAGGCUGAUCUCGGUGAUCAUGAAGUAUUCGCCUCCCUCGAUCCGGCCGAACAUGAUUUUGGCAACGUUCUCAAUAACUUGCCCGCCGACGCGUUCAAUGACUUAUUUAUUGAGAGCAGAAAUGGGGAGUACGAGCCUUCAAGAGAAGAGGAAGAAGAGCUGGAGCGGGCUUUGGAAGCAGUGGAUAAAGAUGUUCGCAAUUUAGAGCGCAUGGGUCAAAGUCACGGUCUAUUAGAGCCUGCUUUGCUUGCCCAGCUCAUGUCCGACAUUGCUUCGUAGCCCCCUCCACCCCUCGCACCUCAUUAAUGCAACCCUGAAAUGAUUAGGUUCGCCCGUGUUCCUUAUAACGUAGAAAAAAUGCUGUUUGUGUCUGUGCUCGAAAAAUGAAAUGUUGUACUACUAACUGUGGAUGUAUAGUUAUUACAAUUUCUGAAUAUUGUUAAAGAGUGGUAUCUAUAUUGGAUGAGUAUAACUAAGCUCAGUCGGAGUAGUGCGAACAAGAGGAUAAGUGUUUUAUCAUAUUUUGAGGAUGUUUGAUUAUACCAAUAAUUACAGUUAGUGAUAAAAAUUUCGUUUCCAAUCUUAAGUUUACGAACUUGGUAAUAUUGUACGAAAUUUUUUAUUCAAAAUAUGACUAAGAUGCCCUUUUGUUCUCAUUAUACCUGAUGGUUAAUCAGCAAGGAGAUAUUUUCUAAUUUUCCUUCUUUAGAAGUAAUAAUUCUUCAUCUUAUAAUCAUUAUGGAAUCGGAUCAGCUGCACCGUUGCACAGACACACGACUGAAUUGAUAAGAAGCGUACCUCAUACACAUAACACAUCUGUUUUAUCAAUCGUGAUUCAUGCAUCAAAAUGUUAUAAUUAAUAAUAUUAAUAUGAACGCAUAACGAUCGAUAUUUUCGCCAGAUCCACGCUGUAUUAUAUUCAUCUAGACAAUUAUUAAUUAUUUGUUAGUUACAAUUAAACAAUAGUAUAACAAUGAGAAAUUCAAAUGGAGUGUCAAGUUGCAAGAAUUGUAAAUUGCAACCUUUGCUAACGUCCGCGCAAAGUCUUUCUCACCCGUUUAAACGAAAGAAUGGGUAUUUCUUUUCUAGUUUCAUUAUUUUGAAUGGGGAUCAAACUUUCAGAAUUGUUAGAUAGUCGCUAUUUAUUUAUUGAAACACUGCAAAUCAAAUAUUGGUGUAAAUUAUUUGAUUAAAACUACACUGGCGCUACGUCGGGAGGUUUU